GGCGGUGCCGGGGCCGUGUGGGGGCCGUGGCCACGGGCGGCAGUGCCGGGCCCGGCGGGGCGAGCGGUGCAGUGUCCCGGGAGAGCUCGUCCGGAGCUGGGUGGCUCUGAAGAGAUCACUUCCCAGCUAAAGAUGGCUGCCGAUACCCCUGUUGACAUACUUCAAAAAGUUCUGGAGAAUGAAAUACUUCAGUCUACCAAGGUUGUGGAAGAACAUCUGGAUGCUGAAAUACAGAAGCUGGACCAAAUGGAUGAAGAUGAACUGGAACGCCUUAAACAGAGGAGGCUUGAGGCACUAAAAAAGACUCAGCAGCAGAAACAAGAAUGGCUUUCAAAAGGACACGGAGAAUACAGAGAAAUCCCCAGAGAGAGAGACUUUUUCCAAGAAGUCAAAGAAAGUAAAAAUGUUGUUUGCCAUUUCUAUAGAGAUACAACAUUCAGGUGCCAAAUAAUGGACAAGCAUUUGACUGCAUUGGCAAAAAAGCACAUUGAGACAAAAUUCUUGAAAUUAAAUGCUGAAAAAUCUCCUUUCCUGUGCGAGAGACUGCGCAUCAAAGUAAUUCCCACUCUAGCACUAAUAAAAGAUGGAAAAACGCAAGACUACGUUGUGGGCUUUACUGAUCUCGGUAACACUGAUGACUUCACUACAGAAACCUUAGAAUGGAGAUUAGGCUGUGCAGACAUAAUUAAUUACAGUGGAAACUUGAUGGACCCACCUUUUCAAAGUCAAAAGAAGUAUGGAACAAGCUUUACAAAGCUGGAUAAGAAGACCAUCAGAGGAAAGAUAUAUGAUUCAGAUUCUGAUGAUGACUAGAAGAGCUACUAAAUAUAUUUGUAAAUCAUC